UUUAGUAAAAGAAGAAGUUAACUUGAUGUUUGAUCACAAAAAUUAAACAAAGCAAUUUUAUAUUAAGUUUUAAAUGCAUUAAUAUUUAAAAUGGAAAUUCCUUUAAUAGAAUUUGUACAAAAUAACAGUUUUUUAUAUGAUGCAAGGCACGAACAUUACCGAAACACAAUGAUAAAAGAUGAAAAAUGGUUAGAGAUAUCAAAAGAAUUUGAUAUGCCUGUCGAAAAAGUAAAACAACGAUGGAAAAGUCUACGAGAUUCUUAUAAUAGAUACAAAAAAAAAAUAACAAAUUCUAGUGGGAGUGUUGAAAGUGGGAAACUGCAAGUAGAUUGGAAAUACUUUAAUAAGUUACGCUUUCUAGAUGAUAUCCCAGAAAGAAGGAUCAGCUCUCAAUAUAUCAAACCAAAUUCUUCAAGUGUAACCAAAACUGAAGAGCAGGAAACUUCUCUUGGUUGGGAGGAAGAAGACUCCGAUAGUAGUAUUAGCUUUUCAGAAUCAAAAAUGCCAUUGAUAGAAGAAUUUGUACAAAGAUUUGAAGCUGGAACUAUUCCUGAUGAAUAUCCUGAAGAAAAAACAAUGGAAGAUACAAGUGAUACCUCAGAAUUCGAAGUAGAAAAAAAUCGGGAAGAAAAUGUUGAUGUUUUAUUUGGCAAAAUGUUACUAUCUUAUAUAAAAGAUUUAUCUCGGGUAAAUAAUAUAAAAGUUAAAAGAGAAAUAUUUGAGGUAUUAACAAAGUAUGUUGAAAAAGAAGAACUGAAAAAUAAUAAUUCAUAUUCUUUGAACGCUACUUGUUAAAUAAUAUUGCAAGUACCCAAGAAAACCUACAUUAUGUAUAGUACUGCUCAGCUACUAAUAGAAGAGACAUGAUAAGCAGAAAUAUUGUAAUAAAUCGAAAAAUAUGUGGGGGUUAACGUUUUUUAAUUGAUUAUUUUUUGAUUUAUUACCUUAGAAAUUGAAGUUAACGUAAAAUAAAUAAAUUAUUGGCAAUGUUUUAAAAAUUAAUUAAA